UACUUUUAAUCUGAUGAACAUUUGAAUAUUAGAGUAGUCUUAUGCGAGUGACUGCUUUGGCGACCCCUAAUGUGACAAGCUAAAAGGUGCAACGGCAAUAUCAUUUCCAUCCAGCCAGCCAUUUUCUACCGCUUAUCCGAGGUCUGGUCGCGGGGGCAGCAGACUUCCCUCUCGCCAGCCACUUCCUCCAGCUCUUCCGGGGGGAUCCCGAGGCGUGUCCUCGGUCGUCCCCGGAACACCUCACCGCGGAGGCAUCCGAAUCAGACGCCCAGCCACCUCAUCUGGCUCCUCUCGAUGUUAUUAGUUCGUCAUCGAAAGAAGUUUGCUGGCCGAUGACGUCAUUACACGCAGCCGUCCAUUGGUGACGACGUCAGGCGUGUCCCGGAUGUCGGACGCUCGCCGUGCUUAAAAAAAUGAUUCUCAUGCUUUUGAACAUUCAUUUUUUUUCUCUUAAGAUCAGCCAUAAAAUAAUGACGAUAUUAAUUAAUAUGAAAGACUAAUUCAACAUGAGGAGGACUUUUGAUGACGAGAGGACAAGAAUGUAGAGCAAAGGUGGUUCACGGCGAAAGUGAAAGUCAAAAAAAGAAGACGGACGAGAAGCACGCGUUUGUCGCUCUUGGGCUGCGAGAUGUCUUCGCUCGUGCUUCUUGCGUUCCCGCUGCUGCUGGUGGACGUGUUGCUCACGUGGACCUUCUGCAGCGGUCUUCCGCUCCCGGGCGGCCUCGGCGCGGCGGAGCAGUGGGCUUCGGCGGCCCUCAAGUACGUGCUCCUUCACGUCGUGGCGCGCAUGGCGGCGGCCGGGAAGCAACGGGCGGCGGCGUACGGGCUGGCCGCGCUGCUCGCCCUCCUGCCGGCCGUCCUCCGAAGUUGCCGUGACCUGGCGGGGGCCCCCGCGGAGCCCGGCGGGCCCCCCGGGACGGGCGGCGCCCUGCGGCCGGCGCUGUGCUCGGUGCUGAGUUUUCUGGUUUGGGAGGCGGGCUUCGGCGGCGACGGCGGGUCGACGCGGGAGGGCGAGCCGCGACCGGAUGCUCGCCGCCUGCUCGCCAGGCUGCUUCAGUACGUCAGAGCCGACUUCCUCUUCCUGUCUGCGGGCUUCGUCUUCAUCAUCCUCACCGUGGCCUGCGACACGUCGGUGCCGCUGUUCCAGGGCAAGGUGACGGACGUGCUCCGAGGCGGAACGCUCGACGCCGACUUCUACUGUGGCGUGGCGAUGCUGGCGUGCUUCUCUGUGGGCAGCUGCGUUUUCUCGGGCCUGAGGUCAGGAUUCUUCAAGAUCACGCACGCUCGCCUCAACAAGCGCUUGAAGGUGGCGGUGUUCCGUGCGCUGUUGAGCCAGGAAGUGCUCUUCUUCGAGGAGAACGAUCCAGGAAGUCUUUGUUCCCGCCUGCACUCGGACGUGCACCGGAUGAGCCUGACGGUGGCGCUGAACGCCAACGCGGCACUGCGCAGCUCAGUCAAGGCCGUCCUCAUGCUGGCGGCCAUGUCGUGUCUGUCGCCCGCGUUGACGGCGCUGGCGUGCGUCGAGAUCUUCGCCGUGGCCGCUGUGCAGAAACGACAAGUCCGCCGCGACAAGGAAUCGAAGGAGCAGACGCAGGACAGCCUGGCUCGCCUCCAGAAGCUGAGUCAUCAGUCGCUGGCCGGAAUCCGCACCGUCCGAAGCUUCCGCGGCCAAUCGGACGAAGCCCGAAGAUUCCGCCGAGAGCUGGAAACGCUGCGAGACGUCAGGACGCGAGCGGCGCGACACAAAGCCGUCUUUGUCCUCCUGCGGAGGUUGGGCGGUUUGCUCACCAAGACGGCGACGCUGCUGGCGGCUCGCUCCCUGGCGUCGGGCGGGCGGCUGAGCGUCGGGACCCUCUUGACCUUCCUGUUGUUCCGGAAGCCCAUGUCGCACAACCUCAAGGAGAUAUUUGUGAGCUGCGGUGACACGCUGGCCACGGCGGGCAUCAUCUCCAAAGUCUUCGGCUACCUGGACCGGUCGCCCAAACGCCGCCCGGACGGCUGCCUGGCUCCCGACGCGCUGCGGGGCACCGUCGAGUUCCGAAACGUCACUUUCGGGUACCCUUCCGUGCCGUGGGACAAACCGGCGCUGAAGGACGUGUCCAUGGUGCUGGAGGCGGGAAAGGUGACCGCCCUGGUGGGACCGUCGGGCAGCGGGAAGACUUCCCUCGUGGGACUCCUCAAGCGACUCUACGAACCUCAGCGAGGGACCAUCCUGAUGGACGGACAGCCGCUGCACGCGUACCACAACGCGUACCUGCAUCGCAAGGUGGUUUCGGUCUCCCAGAAUCCGGUUCUGCUGCGCGGCUCGCUGCGUUACAACGUGGAGUACAGCCUAGAAGACUGCGACUUCAGGCGGGUGCGAGAGGUCGCCGUCAAGAUCAAAGCGUACGAGUUGCUGGCCAAGCUGGAGGCAAACUACCACGCAGUUUCUGCCCACUUCCCUCCAUUUCCUGUCUACUUCCUAUCCACGACCUGUCCACGUGUGGCACGCAGAUGUGGGCGAGGGCGGCGGGCGUCUGUCGGAGGGCGAGAAGCAGAGCCUGGCGCUGGUGCGGGCACUGGUGCGGGAACCGCGUGUCCUCCUCCUGGACGAGGCCACCAGCCACAUGGACGUCCGCGCGCAACAGGCCGUCCUCGAGGAGGUUCUCGGUUGCGGGUGUACGGUCCUGAUGGUGGCGCACCGUCUGGACAGCGCCGAGCGAGCCGACCGCGUCGUCUUCAUGGAGGACGGCGUGGUGACGGAGGAGGGGACGCACGCGCAGCUAAUGGCCAGGAGGGGGCGCUACCACAGACUCAGGGAGGAGCUCUUCAACCGCACCGCUCCCUCCGUCACUUUCGACCCGUAGGCCGUUCGGCGUUAUGCAAAGCAGUCGCCGCCGACGACGACCAUGUGACUGGCUUCCAUGGGACACGCCCACCAGAGAAACAAAUAGAGGAACUCUAUUAAAUAACCACCCGAUCCACUGGCUAAUCAACUGACCAACUGAUCAACCAACAAAGCAACCGGACCAACAAUUACUCAGUCAGUCAUACUUCAUUUCUGUAGCACUUUUCCUUCAUUAGAGUGCAGCUCAAAAAAUCAAGCCGCAAUGCCACGGACGCACAUAAACAGACACACACUGACCCCCUCCGACACACGCGCGCACGUGACGUUGUAGCAUCUGUAAGAAUGCUGAAAGGAAGGCAACACAAGCGCGCACAUAAGGAUUUUUCCAAUCUUAAAAGAGUUUUCAUCUGCUACAGCACCCACACAUGAAAGGGAAAACAAUAAAUCAAGCAUUCAACCGUU